AUGCUGCUAUGCUGUCACCGCAGACGUCCUACAGCAACUUGGAGUAUGAAACGGCCAUGAAUUGGGAUCAUGCCGUUGAUUUGAAUGAGGAUUUUCGCGUUUACUGGACAAUCAUUAAUCAGGAUAUAACGUUCGAAAUCCAAGUACGAACCUUGGGCUACGUAGGGUUUGGUUUUUCUAAAGAUGGAAAUCAAGUCGGUGCCGACAUGGCUGUCGGUUGGGUGAAUGGAGGACACACAUUUUUCCAGGAUCGCUAUGUUGAUAGCCUCGGCUCAGCUGAACCCCAAAUUGACCCAUCGCAGGACUAUAGCCUUAUGAAAGGAUAUGAAAACAGUACUCACACCGUGUUACGUUUUCGUAGAAAGCUCGACACUUGCGACAAUAAACAUGACAUUGUCAUUUCCAACAACACAAUGCGGGUCAUGUUUAUGUACUAUGAUGAAGAUCCAGCCAUAGGUUCACAUGCACUGUCGCCCCUUCCCAAUCCAAUAGAGGCUUGGAGACCGUAUCGUUCUGUACUUUUGUUACAGAAGACCCCGUCGGAUUUGCCCCGCUACGAGCCAUCAGCCCGAACUUUGGAACUGCGCAAUCAGGAUGUGGAGCUACCAUAUGGCGAUGAUUCACAAUUUUGGUGUACAAUGUUCAAAUUAGACAAACUCGAUCGGAAAUACCACAUAGUAAAGUAUGAGCCGAUUUUCGAUUCCUCGUGGAGCUAUCACUAUUUACAGCAAAUUACCUUGUACGAAUGCCAAGGCAAUAGUGUAAAGCUGGAAGAAAUGUCGCGUGGAGGUGGUCAACUGUGCAUGGGUGCCAGCAGCUUAUCUUUAAAUUGCAAUGCAAUUGUCGCCUCUUGGACAAGGGGUUCGGAGGGCUUUGUGUUCCCCCCUGAAGCUGGUUACCCACUGGAAUCCAAACAUAACAAAUACUAUUUGAUGGAAACACAUUAUAGCAACUUAAAUGCCGAAUUCGAGCCUUACCAAACACAUCGCAUGACAGACAGUUCUGGCCUGAAAAUUGUAUUCACACAGGACCUGCGACCACACGAUGCCGGUGUUCUGUCAGUUGGUAUGGAUCCCAAUUGGAGGCACAUUAUUCCGCCAGGACAGGAACGGGUAAUUUCACAGGGUCAUUGCAUGGAAGAUUGCACAGGAUCAGCAUUCCCCCCUCAGGGUAUUAAUAUUUUUGCCGUCAUGAUGCGCACCCAUCAAAUUGGUCGGGAGAUCAAGUUGCGCCAGAUACGACAGAACGAAGAACUCUUUCCCAUCGCUUAUGAUAGCAACGUCGACCCCAGCUAUCAAGACUAUCGACGUCUUUCCCAUCCUGUGCGCUCCAUGCCAGGCGAUAGAUUGGUUGCGGAGUGCAUUUAUGAUAGUUCGUCACGAAAGGCAAUUACACUCGGUGGACUAACCAUGAAGGAGGAAUCGUGUACAGUGCUAACACUUUACUAUCCCCGCCAGAAAAGUCUGACAACCUGCCACUCACUGCCCAGUUUGCCCACCGUCUUACAUUCACUGGGCAUCGAACAAUUGGCUAUGGCAUCGAAUCCGGUUGUUAUAGCAUCGCCCCCUGAAUUGGCCGGUAUGACAUUGGAGACUCGGUUAUUGUCGUACGAUUGGGAGCAUCAGUUUGACAAAUUCCAAGAGGCAACAUUGCGUGGCACCUUCAAACCAAUUUGUAGCGGUGCCCACCAUGAACAAUUGCCGAUAUCUGAGCACUUGAUCGGCUACAAUAAGAACAUUAGCAAAACGUACCGGGAGCCACGUCGCUGUAAACCAAAACGACUAUUUGUCACAGAGACGAUACCUCAACUAGAAUUACCUGUUUUGCACGACUUGGAGACUAAUCACCUCAGCGAGGCAUCAGUGCGCAGCAGCCGAAGUUCGUUUAUAGAAACACUGGCGUUGAGUGGUUCGGAAUCAUCGUCAUGCAGGCAACAUGCCACUUGGUUUAGCAUACAUGUGACCAGUUUGAUCACGAUUGCCAUUGUAUGGUUGGCCAGAUGA